UAUCCAAAUCAAUGGCCAAGAUCCUCUUUCUCCCAUAAAUCAAACUCUAGCCUCACGAUUAGUUUACUCUUCCCACAAUCCUUUCCCUUUCAUCACUCUCUUUCUCUCUCCUGCAGCAAAACGGCAAAACCCUCGUUGCCACCAUCGUGUUCCCGUUACCGGCGACCGGAGUCAUAACCUCCACCCUCUCAGUUUUCUCCUUCCUCGAUAACCUUGAAAAAAUGAUUCUUGACAAAUAUGACAUUGAGGAAACUCAUUAUGAGGUUCUCAAUAUUCAGGAAGAUGCAGAUUAUGAAGAAAUUCGGGCUAGUUACCGAAGUGCUGUACUCAGUUUACAUCCUGAUAAACUAUUGAAGACAUUCGAUACAACCGACAGUAAUCAAACAAGUACAGAGAGAUUUCUCAGAGUACAAAAGGCAUGGGAAGUUCUUAACGAUUCAAGCUCUCGUGUAUUCUAUGAUAAGCAGCUGCAAAGUUCACGGCGAGAUGCCUUGGCUGCCGAAGUUGCAGAAGAUUUAAGCUUACAUGAUAUGGAAGCUGAAGAUGCCGAUGAAGCAUUAGAACUGUUUUAUCAGUGCCGGUGUGGUGAUUACUUCUCUGUUGACUCGUUGGAAUUGCUAAAAAUGGGGUAUUCUUUGUUGAGAGAUGGAAGCAGUAUAUCUAUACUCAAUAGGGAUACUUUACCAGGAUCGGUGAUUCUUCCCUGUGGAUCUUGUUCGUUAAAAGCUCGGCUCGUACUCAGUGUGGGAUAACCAUUGAAAUUAUUGACAUCUUUUAGUAUUUGUAUGGAUAACCAUUGAAAUUAUUAGUAAUUUUUGAAGAUAGCAAACUACAGAGUCAAGUGCAUCUCCAUUCAACUUAAUCAAAUAGAUUGAAUGAUUCAAAAGAAAGUUGUUCCCCUAUUCUUUUCUUAUUUACUAAAGAAUGAUUGUUAAAUUUUCAUUUGGACAACCAAAUACGCAUUCCGUCUCAUUAAAAUGUCAUAUUUGAGUUAGGAAAAAAAUAAUAAUAAAUAUUGCAUUUAUUUUUGCGUA